UAUCUACCUUGAGCAAUUCGCAUCUUACCUCUCGAUUCUUGGCAUCUCUCUAUACGGACCCUCUACUGGACUUGGCACACCAACCAUCACAAAUCCAACGGCCCAAAUUCUCCCUCGGAUUCUCUCUCCUCCCACCAUAAAUUCAUCCUCACCCGACCCACACCUCGUAUUCUUCACCACACUCGGACGCAAACCUCAACACAAAAACACCAGAAAACCCCUGUUCUGUUCCAUUUCAACAUGAACUCUGUGUUGGAUUCUCCUCUCGAAGCUCUUGCUUUCAACUAUGCCAGCUUCGGAUUGUUCACUGUUGUGAACAAUUUGUGGACUUGGGUCGCCGUUGUGACGGCCGCCGUCAGCUUCUUGAGCCUCAGGCGCAGACCCAGUACCAGAGCUGCCAGCACUGCUAUCUCUUCUUCUUGUCUGAAAUUCAACUCACCACCUUCCAAUGACGACCGGAGCUCAAAUGGGUUGUCACUGGUUCCGGAGAUAACGCCUUCGGAAACGGCCGAGGAGCCACCGUGCUCUGUUUUGUCUCCGGUGGCUGCGCCUUGUAAGUUUGAAGAUGAUAGAGUAGUAGUGACAAAAGGGUUGAAGUACACUCUGUAUUAUGCGGAUAAAGCAGAAGGCGACGUUGACCUAACGGCGGAGGAGGAGGAGGAGGAAGCGGGAGAGUGCGCCGGCGAUGAGGCGGUGGCUGAAGGUUGUGGGGAAUGGUUGGAGGGUGUUCUGGGGCUGAGAUUAGGGGAGAUGGGUUGGUACAGGCACCAGGACUUGACGGAGCUUAACGGUAACGUCGUUAGAUUAUGGGAUGAUUGUAGAGUUGGCGAAAGGCACAGCUCAUCAAAAUCAACACACCGUGUCGUGUGGUAGUUAGAUUGUCGUAUAGCAGAGGGAAUUGUUUUAUUGCAAUAAGCUCCUGUUCUUGGGAUUAGGGUUGUAAAAAAAAUGUAAAUACAUUUUGUCUGGGUUAAACAUGA